AUGGCCAGCUGGAUGUCCUGGUGGGGUGGUGGCUCCAACCAGAAGCAGAAACAGGCCAAAGUCAAGGAAACGGUACUGGCGAUGAAGAGCCAUGUUGACAUGCUGCAAAAGAAGGAGACGCAUCUUCAGCAGCAGAUCGAUCAACUGGAAGCCGAUGCAAAGGCCGUCGUAGGAAAGAACAGGAAUGAGGCCCUCCGGAUAUUGAAGCGCAAGAAUCUCAAGCAGAAGGAGUACGAUCAGACAUAUGCGGCGAGGAUGGCCAUGGAAACACAGCAGUCGGCCCUCGAUAUGGCCAACCUCAACCAGGAGCAGUACCGCCAGACCAAGGCCAUCAACGAGGCUAUGAAGCAGAUCGGAGCAGGCAUCUCGGUGGAGAAGGUCGACGAUAUGAUGGAGAGCAUUCGCGAGCAGAGUGCUAUGAAUGACGAGAUUUCUCAGGCCAUGGCCGCACCGGCAGGUCAGCUCGAGGACGAGGACCUCGAAGCGGAACUUGAAGCGCUGCAGGAAGCGCAAUUGGACGAAGCGAUGCUCAACACUGGUUCUGUGCCCGUUUCGGACAAGAUCAAAGACCUGCCGUCGGCAGCAAACGGAGAACUCAAGGGCAAGGCUGUACCGCAGGAGUCGGAGGAAGAAGCCGAGCUUCGAAAACUACAGGCCGAGAUGGCCAUGUGA